AUGGGUGACUACGUCCGCCGCCUUGUGUCUGGGAACAAGGCUCGUCACAAAGAUGGCGAGCUCCAACUCGAGCUAGACCUUGCUUACAUCACCGACCAGGUCAUUGUUAUGGGAUACCCAGCCACGGGCAUAGAAGGGCUGUAUCGCAAUAGGCGGGAGGACGCGAAGGAGUUCCUCGAACAUCGUCACGGCAAGAACUUUUGGGUCUUCAACUUUUGCCCCAUCAAGGAAAACUCAUAUCCUGCGGACGUCUUCGACGGCCGCGUCAGCAGAUACCCCUUCCCAGACCACCACGCUCCACCACUUGCCAUUCUACCCUUGAUCGCACGAGAGAUACGUCUGUGGCUGGACGGUUCGCCCAACCGUGUAGCCGUUCUUCACUGCAAGGCGGGCAAAGGGCGGUCAGGCACUAUGGCGUGUGCCUACCUCCUUGCCGUGGAUAUGACCUCCGGCGGCUCGCUACAGCCCACGCAAAGCCUGACCGCCAAAGAGCGUGCAAAGAGCGCAGCGGAGGCCGUCAUGGACGCCAUGCCUGUGGACGAGACCGCGGCGGAGCUCAUCGGCGCCACAACUCAGGAAGAGGAGGACCUCGUGAAGCUCGAGCUCGCCGACGCUACCGACGACGCUCCCGGCACGGGCAAGGACACCGCGAGCAACUUGACGGCCGUCCUCGAUCUCCACACAUCGAAGCGCAUGAAGCGCGCGUCCUCGCCGAGCGAAAAGCUCAAGCAGGGCGUGAGCAUCCCGAGCCAGCGCCGCUGGCUCUACUACUGGUCGCUCGUCCUCGCGCACCAAGCUCCCCCGGGGUUCUGGACGCCCGAAGCGUCCGCGCGCCCGCCGCCGAAGGUGCGCGUCACCGCGCUCACGCUCCGCAUGCGCGAGCUGUCGGGACUCCGCGGCACGGUGGUGCGCGCGGCGAACGCGCUGCUCGAACGCACGGGCCGCGGCGCGCGCGGGGUGAGCGCGAACGAGGCGUGGGCGUCGCUCGCGCGGUACGACGACGCGCUUGUCGAUGCGCUCGAGCGCGGCGAGCGGGACACGCGCAGGGAAGGGGGCUCUUCGCGCGCGCGCACCGCGGUGGGCGCGGAGACGUUCAGGGACGGGCAGUGGGACACGACGAAGAUGGUGCGCAGCUUCGCGCGGAUGGGGCCGGUGCAAGAGGGGGACGCCCAGAAGGAGAAAGGCGAAGACGGCGGCAAGAUCGAGACUCUCGUGCUCAGGCCGCUCACGGGAGACAAGUGGGAGCUCAUCCGGACCACGAUCGAGGCGGGCGGUGAGCGAAAGAGCGUGGACGUCGCGCCCGAGGGCGAGGACGCGUCGGUGGACGACGUGACACAGACGCUGAAAGGCGACGGCGGCGUCGUGCUCGACGCGCAUCGCGAAGUGCGCGUGAAGCUCUAUCUUGGGCAGGUGUUCAUGGGCUGGUUUUGGUUCAUCCCCACGUUCCACAUGCCACACCCGCGGGACGCGAACACACAGCAGACGACGCUCACGCUGACGCGCAAGGAGCUCGACUUCCCGCUCGGGAUUGGGGCAAACAUCAUCGACGUCGCGGUGUCGAUGGAGUGGUGUCCCGAGGCGGCGGACGUGCUGAGCCCGCCCGAGCGUGCGACGAGCGCAGAUAGCGCGGAAGGGAGGGUAGUAGAGCCCGGCGGAUUGGCGGCGGCGCUGCCUGCGAUUGCGGCGGGAGAAGGCGGGGACUUGUUGGAGGCGCAGCAGGCGGCAGACGACUGA